AUGGCCACGAUCACCUGGUAAUUCUGCUGAUCGAGUCUGGCUGUGACCGUCAUGCCCGGUCGUCCACGGGUAUGACGGCUCUCCACAUGGCAGCCAUGCAGGGUCUCAAGAGCACGGCCAAGCUGCUCAUCAAGUAUGGGCUGGACCCCAACGCGCGAGAUGAGAAUGGCCACACACCGGAUAAUUGCGCAGACGUGUGGGGGAUGAACGACAUCCGCUGGUGGUUCCUGAACUCCAGGACUCAAAUCCGAUAUCAUUACCCAGGAAGAAACUGCAUGGAGACAGCCAAGAGGUAUAUGAAUAUGACCACAGGAAUCUGACUUCAGUUGUGCGGGCGCAUGAAUGGUUUACCCUUAAGGAUGUAAUUCCCAGGCCC